AUGUUAUUGAUCCAAAUGGUUUUGAUCUUUAUGCUGCAGAAAUCAGAAGCAUUGGCGAAAACUCAUGGCAUAUCCACUACCCAUUGUACCCAGAAGAUGAUUUCACUGCUAAAAACACCAGCCGCUUCCUCCUCAAAACUGAAAAGAAUACAGCUAUCUUCAACGAGCAGGAAAGCAUCAGACUUGCCAAAGCAAUCGAGGAAGAAGAAGAGAGCACCGGCGAGCCAGAUGAUCCAUCAGACGAAGAUGCUCAUGUCGAAGAGGAAGAGUAAGUACAAUUUUUAUUUAUUUCAAUUAUUAAACGAUUGUUAUAUUUAUACAUUAAUUUUUUUGACAUGUAAAUUUAUUUUAUUGGCAAAAAAACCCAAAAAUCGGAAAUGA